AUGUGUUGUCAUGUACGUUGUGAUGACGCAAGUGGCUCUCGCGACAAAGACGUCCGAGAUGCGCGCGCAUUGCGCACGGCGAGCGCAGUUCAAAUGAACAACAUGGGUCACGUAUAUUUAAAAGGUCGAGUACUUGCCCAACUUUUCGACGUUUCGGAAGUCGUUGCCGGCGUACACGGCCUUGGCGCCCAUUUCUUCUUCAAUACGGAGCAAUUGGUUGUACUUGGCGAGGCGUUCCGAGCGGCACGGAGCACCAGUCUUGAUCUGGCCGGCGCUCAAACCAACAGCCAAGUCGGCAAUGAAAGAGUCUUCCGUUUCACCACUGCGGUGGGACGCCAUGAUGCCCCAGCCCGCCUUCUUCGACAUGGUGACAGCUUCAAUCGAUUCCCAAAUCGACCCGAUUUGGUUGACCUUGAGCAACAAGGCAUUGCACGCCUUUUCUUCAAUCGCCUUCUUGACGCGGGUGGGAUUGGUCACGGUCAAGUCGUCACCAACAAUUUGGACAUGGCCGCCGACCGCGCCGGUGAGCUUCUUCCACGAAGCCCAGUCAUCUUGGUCAAAGGGGUCUUCAAUCGACACAAUGGGGCUGUGGUCCUUGCAUUGCUCAAUGAACGACUGGUACACACCGAUCAAAGCAUCGGCCGAGAUCUUGUCCGACUCGGCGGCAUUUUCGUUCUUGAAGUCCAAGUUGUAGCGAGCAUCUUCUUUGCCAGUGUAGAAUUCCGACGCAGCAACGUCCAUGCCAAUCUUCACCUUGUUGGUGUAGCCAGCCAACUCGAUGGCUUCUUGGAUCAAGCGAAGGGCUUCUCCGUUUUCUUGAAUGUUGGGCGCGAAACCACCUUCGUCACCGACGGCGGUGGCGUCCAAGCCGUAGCGCUUGUUAAUGACUUUCUUCAAGGUGUGGUACACUUCCGUUCCGAUUUGCAUGGAUUCAGUGAAGCUGGUGGCACCAGUGGGCAAGAUCAUGAAUUCUUGCAUGGCCAACUUGUUGCCGGCAUGGGAACCACCGUUGAUGAUGUUGAACGAAGGCACAGGGAGGCAAGGAGUGGGGUUGCCGGCCAAGUCAGCAAUGUGCUGCCAGAGGGGUACGCCCUUGGCCGCGGCACCGGCCUUGCACACGGCAAGCGAGACAGCCAAGAUGGCGUUAGCACCGAGCUUCUUCUUGCACCAGCCCCAUUCGUUUUGCGUGCCAUCAAGGGUUUCCACCAUGUACACGUCGAGUUCCUUUUGGUUCUUUUCGUCCUUACCGAUGAGGGCAGGCGCAAUGAUCGAGUUCACGUUGUUCACGGCCUUGGUCACACCCUUGCCGAGGUAGGCCUUGCCUCCGUCGCGGAGUUCCAACGCUUCAAACUCACCCGUGGACGCACCCGAAGGCACGGCGGCGCGGAAGAGACCGUGUUCAGUGACAAGGUCAACUUCCACAGUGGGGUUGCCGCGGGAGUCGAAGAUUUGGCGCGCUUUGAUGGAUUGGAUCGGCAUCCUUUGCUGUGGAGGGGUUCUUCCUUGGGAGCAAAUUCGAGAAUGACCGGCAUGGGGCUUCCCUCGCGAGGGAUUCUCUUAUAUCUUUCCACCUGGCGGCAACGAACCCCGACUUAA